AGGAGCACAUAGCUCAUUUGCCCCCUACUCUUCCAGACUCCUGCUGUGCUCCUGGCUCCUUCCUCAGCAGUUGCUGGCACUGCAGCUGAGAUGGAAGGACAGACAAAUGUAGAGCCGAGAAACAAAAACCAGAUGGAUCAUGAAAGGAAGCCUGCAGAGAAUGAGGGGAAGAGCUGGCAAAGAGGGCAGGUUAGGAACACGCUUCACCUUGUGUCUGCGACUGCUCAGUGGAUUUUACUUCUUGCCUGCUUGAUUUACCUUGCUAUAGGUUCUCUGCAGCCCUCAACGCCCUGGCAUCACCUUCACUUGGACAAACUGCCAUGGACCCACAUCCGGUACACAGGAGAAAGCAUCAAAGGAGUAGCCAUGAAUUUUAGUGCUCAUGUAGGCACUAUUCAGAUCAAAAAUGGUUCCAUCGUGAUCAGCUGUGAUGGCCUCUACUUAGUGUCCUUGAAGGGCUUUAUCUUUUUUGCCGACUUGGAAAAGGGGGACUUGCGGAAGCUGACACUGCAGAAGACAGGCAAGAGAACCAGCGAGCCCCUCUGGGAGCAAAUGGUACAGGAAAAGGUCAAUGCAGUAAAUCUCACCACGGUGCUCUUCUUGUUUGAGAAAGAUUACAUCACCCUGUGGAGCAGCUCCAGUGCCACCAUCAGCAAUUUGUCAUUUAGCCUUGUGCUACAAAGUCCCUUCAAUUGCUCUCAUCUUCAGUCAUAGAAGAUGAGAAGAUAUGAAAUGUAACAUAUAAAGUACAGCAUUUCCUACCAAUCUGUUUGCCUGUGGGAGGUUUAGUCUCACUGGCCGUACUUGUACAGGCAGACAGCUCUAGUCUCCCUCCUUAGGGCUGCAGAAAGCCUCAGCUGGAGUGCAGGUAAAUCACAGUGCAAACGGGGUUUAUAUAAUGCAUGCAGUGUUCAUCUCUUUGGAGCAACGUGCAGCUGUUUUGCUACCCAGGGUGGAUCUUUCUAGCUCUGGAGAAAAGACUAUGCAGAGCCCUUGAGAAGAACAAAAAUGAAAGCUGAAGAAAGUCACCUAAGCUUAGCUCAUAUUCAGAGAAACCCUGUGUUUCUGUUUACCUGACAGUAUCUGUAUAUAGUACAAAAGCACUGUACAUUUGCUAAAA